AUGCAUGUUGUCGGCAAUGCAAACGGCGUGUACAAGACACGAAGCGUCAGGAGACUUCCUGCGGAGGAUCAAGUGAGCAAGGAGCUUCUUGACUCGUUGAAAGCGACUCCUUGGGACCCGCGUGGUCGCCAAGAGGAGAGUGCUCACUUCGUUCUUCCAGCCCAGUCUGAAGCUUCGCCUGCCGCAGCGCCUGCAGUCUCAGACCCGCAGGGAGCGCAGGACGCGGCCGGCUCCAGUGCCGACGGCACUUCUGGAAGCAAGCGCAGCGCAGAGGCACCUCCAGAGGAUGCGCCUUCGCAACUUCGGGCCAGGCUGGAACAGUCGCAGGGAGAGAAGCGCGAGAUCUCCACGGAGGUCCCGGACAGUGCGACCAAACUUCGGCGAAUCUCUGCGGUGCUUGAGGAUCGCCUGGUUGACACUUCUUGCGUUGCUUCUGUGACCACGCGUGACGGUCUUGAAGUUCCUGUCGAGGUUAACGUUGACCGUGCUGAAGAACUUCAGGCCUUGCGUGCAAGUGAGCCUGUUGUCUGGUACGACACGGAGUUUGACAAGGAGCAAGAACUUCAAGGCAUGCAGAAAGAGCGUGAAUCUCUUCAGCACUUCGAUGUGUUCGAAGAAAAGCUUGUGAGCGAAUGUUCCGAGGAGCAACUUCGAGACGCAAUCUCCACGCAAUGGGUUAAGCGCCCUAAGGGAGAUGGUGUGCGUUGCAGGCUGUGUGUCAGAGGCUUCGACCAAGUCGUCGAGGACCCAGACGACACUUUCGCCAGCACACCUUCGCUUGCUACGCUCAAACUUCUUCUUACACUUGCGUGCACUUUCAACUGGUUCGUUCUUGCUGGCGAUGUGUCCACAGCGUUUCUCCACGCACUUCUGAGUGAAGAGAUCUUUGUGAUCCCUCCGGGUGAAUUCUACCCCAACGGUGGAGUGCUAUGGAAACUUCGCAGAGCCAUGUACGGACUGAAACAGAGUCCGAAGGCAUGGCAGACCCACUUCGCGAGCGUGAUGGCCGAUCUCGGCUUCAAGCGUCUUAAAAGCGAUCCUAAUCUCUACUUCCAUCCUGAGUACAAGGUGUACCUUCUUUGCUACGUAGAUGAUGUACUUCUCUUCGGUGCAAAGGAGCCGUGUGAGCACCUGUUUGCCAAACUUCAGGAACGUCUUCUUUUGAGACGGGAAGGGACGCUUCAGCCGGGGGAGAGUAUCAACUUCUUAGGUAGAUGCAUCACACGACGCGAAGAUGCGAUCGAGAUUUCCAUGCCUACUUCGUAUGUUGACAAGAUUCUAGAAGAAUAUGCUCUUUUGGAGUGUAGGCAUAGCCCUCCCGGCAACGACUCACUUCGUAAGAAAAUCGAAUCCGAAGAGCCUUUGGAUACAGUCGAGCACCGUAAGUACAGACGAGUGGUAGGCCAACUUCUCUGGCUUAGCAGCAUUCGCCCUGACAUUCAGUACGCUGUCAAGGAACUGUCUCGAGGAUCAACUUCCCCGACAGAGGCUCACAAGGCCAAGGUCAAGAUGCUACUUCGGUACCUUGCAGGGAGCAAGGACUUCAUGGCCGCCGCCGCUCCUUUGGGCUGCGACUUCGUGCCUCACUUCGUUGCCGCCAUGGCUUCUGCUUGGGUUUCUUACUUCUGGCUGGGUUCUUGGCAACUUCGCUUUGGUAUUCGUUUCUGCAUGGAUGGUUUGCGAACUUCAUACCGGAUUGUGCCCACUUCUGUUGGGACGUGGUUUUGGUACAGACUUCUUUGCGAUCGACGUCUUCAGUGGUUUGUGUGCUUCUACUUCGAGAAGAUGGCCCCCAAACUUCAGGUUCCGGUGCCAAAGGCAGUGGCUCUUGGACUUCCUCCGGCAGCACUGCCAGGACCCUCGACUUCGGAAGAGGCCGAAAUGACGAGGGACUUCCGCAACUUCGUGGAGGAGCAUCAGUUCUACGUUCCGGACCCGAACUUCGAGAGAGAUGAACUUCCGCCGCGACUUCCCACUCGAGCACUUCCUCAGAACACGUGGCUGGAGUUGCGCUACGCCUCGGGUAACUUCGAGACGGUCUGCGGACUUCACCCGGCGCACUUCCAGCAACUUCACAGGGCCGUGGAUGUACUUCGGGUACACUUCUAUGGCAAGGAAGCGGCUCGACUUCUCGGGCAUGGCCGAGAUCACCUCGGCUGGAGCCACUUCGCUGGGAUGAGCUACUUCGCGGUGGACAAUGUGUGCUUCACGCACUUCAAGCAUGUCCCUGACUUCUUGGAGUCACUUCGCCAGGGCCGCCAGAUCAGCAAACUUCUGCUGCCUGGGACUUCAGACUUCAGGCUGGUCUACGCGCUACUUCGACUUCAACCUGGCGUGGACAACCCGGUGGUGACGGCACUUCAGUCCGCGGCGCUGUUUCCGGAGCUCUUCGCCCGGAGCACUUCUUAUGUGGCCAACGAGACGGACUUCUGCAUCAACUUCAAGGCAAGCUAUAUCGGCCCGAACUUCGUUGAUGUACUUCCCGAGCCUUCGAUCCGGUUGUGGUUUUGCACUUCCUUGAACUUCCAUCCUCACGCGCAUGUCACGAGAUGGAGAUGGCGAACUUCACCUGACUUCGGAUAUGCAGCCAUUCUCCCCGGAUAUGUUGAACUUCGCAUUUUCUCCGAGGUCAGCGAAGUAGCUUGCGUGCUUCGGAUGACCUCGAGCGAGAUAUUGAACUUCGUGGAAGGUAACCGCUUCCGCUUCUGGAAUCGGCGGUACAUCGACUACUUCAUCAACGUGCCCGGCGAGCACUUCGUGCUGCGACCUCACCUCCGCACUUCCUUGGCGGUGAUUCGUCUUCCGGGCAACUUCCAACAGUUCUUUGACCUCGCCUGGUCGAAGACUUCGCAUGGCUUCAACCGCUACAUGCACAUCCCGAUGAGGACUUCGGACUUCGCCCGGUUCGAGAACACUUCUGAGGCGGAUUCGUGGGUGAGUCGUGAGCUUGCCGUGCAACUUCUGAGGGAGGAACUGGUCCCCCACCUGCAGUGCCAGGCUCUGGUCUUCGUGAUGGUGGACUGGCGGCACUUGAGUGACGGUGGCGAGCCAGCGGCGUUCCGACACCGGCUCAAGCAACAGCCAGGUUUCACCGCUGAUGGGCGGGUAGACAACGUAGAGGUGGUGGUGCCGAAUGUUCCCCUCCUAGUGAAGGAGGGCGGGGUGGUUGUGACUGUUCGCCCUGUGGUGGUGUCUGACGUCUUGCUGGGUAGUAGCUGGUGGCUGGUGUGGGUGCUGUCCCAACGCGCGGCUGCGUGUCUCCCACAGCUGUGGGUGCGGUCUGCGGUUGCUGUUCUCCCCCGCUGGGUGGGCCUUGUUGCGUGCCCUGUUUCCCGGCCGCUCCUGUUGCUGGUGGUGCGUGCUGGACGUCGGCUUGUUGUGCUGUAG